AUGCUUUACGAUAGAAUUCAGGUCAAAUGCUACAUCAGCGAAGUCUCCGCCGAGCUCGAGUUUUUGAUCCUUAAGUUUGCCAAAUACUUCUUCAUUCAUGAUGAGCACUCUCUACCUUGGUUUUACGUUGUCUCCAACUUCGAAAACGCCAACCUCUACGCCAUCCAAGAAGAACAUAGCCCGCCGCCUCUGUAUUCAUUUUCUCCAAAGAAAACGAUGCAAUCUGAGAUUGAUCAACUGAAGGCCGUAGUAGCCGAUCUGCGGCAGCAAAUCCAGCAAUUGCAGCAGCAAACGCAGCAUCAGCAGCGCCAAAUACAACAGAUUGUACAUCAGCAGAAUGCCGCUGCCGCUGCCAUGACUACCGCCACCACCGCCGUCGCCGUCUCUUCCUCCUCCUCCUCCUCCUACACCACUGCCGCUACCAACACCAGUUGGCUAGCCGUGAUCAGCUUGCUCGUCUUCUUCUUCUCUACACCGUCGCUACAUGUAGUCUUCCAGAGCCAUGGUGCCACCUCCUUGAACACUCUCGGGGGAUUUUGA